GUGAAUUCUGCUGAAUGAAACGUAGCCACGCACACGUUUAUUGAGAGGCGUCCAUAUUACUGUAAACAACAAAACGAUCGUGUGUAUGUCAACUUCACUGCAGACAUCAAUAAAGCGCAAUGGAAGAGGAACACUGUGCCAGACUGAAAGAGCUGGAGCCGUUUCUGGUGACCCAGGCCCCACACACUGUUUAUUACAUCCCUGAGUUCAUCACAGAGGCAGAGGAACAGUACCUCUUGCAACAGGUCUAUAAUGCCCCCAAACCAAAGUGGACACAGCUGUCUGGCAGACGACUGCAGAACUGGGGUGGCCUGCCCCACCCCAAGGGAAUGCUCUCAGAGAAGCUCCCCGAUUGGCUGGAGAAGUACGCCGUGAAGAUUUCCUCUCUGGGGGCAUUCGCUGGGAAGACCGCCAAUCACGUCCUGGUGAACGAAUACAGACCCGGGGAAGGAAUAAUGCCUCAUGAGGACGGGCCCCUGUAUUUCCCCACAGUGACCACCAUCAGUCUGGGAUCGCACACCCUGCUUGAUUUCUACCGGCCUUUCAGCAAGGAGAAGGAGCAGGAAGGAGCUUCGCAGACCGAAGAGAGCCGCUUCCUCCUGUCCUUGCUGCUGGAGCCGCGCAGCCUCCUGGUCCUGCGCGAUGACAUGUACGUGCGUUACCUGCACGGGAUCAGAGGCGUGACCGAGGAAACCGUGUCGGAACGCGUGGCCAACCUGCCCGCCACCAGCGCCAGCCCAGGACAGCAGCUGACCCGGGCCACCCGCGUCUCCCUGACCAUUCGACACGUGCCCAGGACGCUCAAGAGCGCCCUCCUGCUGGGGAGAAAGAAAUGAACAGCAUCGCCCAGCCAAAACAAAUUGUAUGUCUGAACAAUUUCACUAAAAUAAAAGAAUUUCAAAAAUCCACCCCAUGUUUCAU